AAUGGCGGAGGACGGAGCCGGUCGGCGCCUUGAACACAACUGGCUAUAGAAAUAUUGUAGUCUAUUUCUAGAUAUCAACGGCUGAUUCAAAUAUUGACUGUUUUUAAAAAUGCCAGUGUGUUUUUGAAGAAAUCCCGCCGAAGUUGGACGACGAGUGAUAUCGCGUUUGCUGGUGGUACCGACCCAGUGAUGGGAGAUGGAGGACAAGGGGUCUCGUGUAGCAGACUACUUUGUGCUGUCCGGUCUGACUGACUCCUCCACGCCACUGGAGCAGGAGAUCCACUUCCACGAUGUCUGCCGCAAGACGGCCAAACCCAAGCCGCCCGUCACCGACGUCGCUGUGGUGAUGCGCUCGCUGGGGGAAGAGGUGCCUCCCGGGUACACGUGCGUGGAAUCCACGCCGUCCGGCCUGUCAGCUGACCUGAACAACGGAAGUCUCAUGGCGCCACAGAUCUUCCUGUGUUACAGACGAGGACGAGACAAACCACCACUCACUGACCUGGGUGUUCUGUAUGAGUGGAAGGAGCGGUUGAAGCAGGGUUGCCACAUCAUCCAGACCACGCCCUCCGGACGCCCUGCCAACAUAAGCUCCACCUCCUCCCAGAGGAUCUACGUGACGUAUCGCCGCGCCACGGAGAGCCAGACCUACGCCGCCCUGGCCGUCACAGACAUCUGUGUCAUCAUCCCCAGCAAGGGAGAGACGCCACCACACACCUUCUGCAAGGUGGACAAGAACCUCAACAGCAGUAUGGUGAGAUGA